CGGUUGAAAAGUCAUCAACGUGGUUGCUGAUGUUUUGAACCGUGUGGCGUAAAACCUGAGAUUAAUCUGUCCCAAACAGCAGACCUUAAUGGGGGAGUUUAAGGUGCACCGGGUCCGGUUCUUUGACUACAUGCCCAGUGCCAUCCGGGCCCUGGCGUGGUGCCGACACACGCAGCGCGUGGCCGUGGGCCGGGCCGACGGCUCCGUGGAGAUCUUUAACUUCUCUGACAACUACUUCCAGGAGAAGGUGAUCCCGGGGCGGGACGGACGGACCGUGGAGGCUCUGUGCUGGGCGGGUCCACGCCUGUUCAGCGCCGGUUUGGAUGGAGAGAUCACGGAGUACGACCUGGAGAACCUGAGGCCCCGCUACAGCCUGGAGGCCUACGGAGGGCCCGUUUGGACCAUCAGCUGCAACUCUCAGGAGACCCUGCUGUCGGCGGGCUUCGAGGACGGAACCGUCAAGCUCUUUGAGAUCCUGGAGGGGAAGGUCCAGUUCCAGAGGAACCUGGACCGACAGAAAGGUCGGAUCGUCUCUCUCUCCUGGCACCCGUCGGGGUCUCAGAUGGCAGCAGGGAUGAUGGACAUGAUCCGAGUCUUUGACGCACAAACAGGCCACGCCACACACCGCCUGCUGGUGGAGCGAGGUGCGGGCGCCUCGAAGUCCCAGGAAGUGGUGGUCUGGAGCGUGGUCUUCCUGUCCAACGGCACCAUCAUCAGCGGGGACUCUGCAGGGAAGGUCCAGGUCUGGGACAGCUUCACGGGGACUCUGCUCAGGACUCACCUGGUCACCAAGUGGGACGUCCUGGUUCUGUCCGUCUCACCGGAUGAGAGCAGCGUCAUCGCUGGGACGUCUGAGGGAACCGUGAUCCAGUUUCAGUUCGUCUCCUCCACCGUGGAGCAGCAGGAGCAGCAGUGGGUCAGAACCAGAACCUUUAAAAACCACAGCCACGACGUGAGGGCGCUCGUUCACACCGACACCGCCGUGGUCUCUGGAGGAGUGGACACCCAGCUGGUGGUGCGCCCCCUGCUGGACAAAGUGGAGAAGAACACCCAGGAGUCUGCGCUGCGUAAAAUCAUUUUUCCUCACAGAAAUCUUGUUAGUUGUGCGAAGAAAGCAGGACUGCUUCUGUUCCAGUUUCCAGAUCAUUUAGAGGUGUGGAGGCUUGGAGACAGUGAUGGAAAAGGGAAGGCUGGUGACAGUCUGCCUCUGAAGAGGAAACCUGAGAAAAUGAUCCAGCUCAACAGGAAGGGACAGGAUCACAUCUGCUGCAGCGCCUUGUCUCCGUGUGGAGGAUGGUUAGCGUACUCCACUGUCUCGGCUGUUCGUCUCUACAGACUGCAGCUGAACACCAACAACAUCAGCAUCAACAAGGUGUCCAAACUGCCUAAAGAACUUCAGUCGGUCCAUCAGCUCUGCUUCUCCUGUGACUCCUCAAAGCUGUUCGCCUCGUCCAGCCUGUCCUCUGUGGUGGUGGUGGGUCUCAGCCAGCUGGAGUGUAAACACCUGGAGACCCUCAAACACAAGUCAGGCUCCAGGCAGCCGGUCCACCUGCUGUGUCCCAGUGAGGACGGGAAGUGGUUGGUGACGUCCAACACAGACCGAGAGGUCCACGUGUUCAACCUGCACAAGAUGAAGCUCCACUGUUCGGUUCCGGUGUACGGUUCCUGUCCCACGGCGGUGUCGGUCCACCCGUCGGGCAGCAGCCUGGUCUGUGUCCACGCUGACCAGCAGAUCCUGGAGUUCUCCCUGAAGCAGAAGGAGUACACGGAGUGGAGCCGGACUCUGCAGAGACUGGGGCUCCACCCCCUCUGGCUGCAGAGGGACACGCCCAUCACCACUGUGACCUAUGACCCCAGGAACCCGGCCCACCUGGCCCUGCACGACGCCUUCAUGUUCUGCAUCAUAGACCAGACUCUGCCACUUCCUGAAGCCAAGACGAACCUUUACAACCAGCAGGUCCUCAGGAGCCUUCCUCAGGACCAGAGGAGCAGAGUCAGCCACGCCUUCAAGAUCUGCAAGAACUUCCAGAACCUCCUGGGUGUGGACCUGCUGGAGGACCACUCUCUGGUGGUGGUGGAGCGCCCCCUGCAGGACAUCCUGACCCGGCUGCCGGCUCCGGUCCGCUGCAAGAAGUUCGCCACGUAAACCCCGCCCCCUGCUGUUGCCGAGCGAGAAUAAAUAUUUAAUCUGUUGGAUUAGACUCACUUCUGUUUGUUUUUAUUGUUGACAUGAAGCCAGUUGAUGGAAACAACUCGUUAAGGUUUAACGACGUUUAACGACGUGUGCUCAUUAAAGGAUGGUUUUUACUUUGUCAAGCUUAACAUUUUCAAUAAAUAACUUGUUUUUAAAGCU